AUGAUGUCGACCCAACCUCCAGAUACCGCAACAAAGGCAAAGUCGCGACGAUCGUUGCUCUCUUCCUUCCACUUCGGAUCUUCCUCCUCAUCAGCAUCAUCCUCUACACCCGCAGCCACCCCUUCGUCUCGAGUGGCGCCCUCUUCUUCUGGUACAGAGCCCGACUACUUUGCCACCGUUCAUGUGCCCGAUUCGAACGCUCCAAACCCGGGCGCCGUCCGCAUUGCGAGCCCGUUCGCGCUCGCAACACCGCUGGUUUCUAGCUCCGGCGCACGCGUGCCAUCUCGACCCAGUGGAGCUGACGCAAACUCGAACGACACAGAGUCUCAUCCUUGGGCCAAGCUUUUUCCUGAUGGAGGCAUGGCCACAGCUCUCCCAGAAGGCUUUCGCAUGGGAAAGCUCGGCGUGCCGCCCACGCCGGCUGCCAACGCUACCUCGGUCGCGAACAAAAUGAAGCUCCCCGGCUCAAGCUCUGCUGCAGCUUCGAAGUUUGCAACCAGUCUCCAAUUGCCCGCCAAGCACAAAGGCGCAUUCUCUUCCAGCGCCUCUUUGCCUCUGCCUGCGUCCGCUGCCUCCUCCAACAUGAAAGGCAACGCUUCUUCGGGCGAUCUCUCCAAGUUCAAAGCUUUGGAUGUGGACGGCCUCGCCCAGGUAUUAACGCCACCCUCCUGGACAAAGCAGAGCAAAGCCGCCUCCGGCAGCACUCAACCCGCGACGCCCGAAGACGUCCUCAUUCUCGACAUUCGCCCCUCCACCUCGUACUCCAUGGCUCGAGUGGCGUCCAGCAUCAACAUUUGUGCUCCCAGUACUCUUCUCAAGCGCCCCGCCAUCACCGUGGAGCGCAUCGAGGACGAGAUGCUUAGUAGCACGCAAGAUCGACGCCGUUUCAUGCGCUGGCGCAAGGGCCCGCUCAGGCCUAAAUCGGAUGCCAAGCCAGGUGCAACCGACGAGGCUUCGCUCGACGCCGUCCGUAAGCGCGGUGCUACCAUCAGCCUCCCCGACGAGCCUGGCGUCAACAAGAUCAUUGUUCUUGACACCGAUACAACUCGCAUCGACGGCGCAGGUAAUGCCACUGCCGGUGGCGGGGGUCCUUGUCUCAUCGGCGUGCUGAAAAAGUUUGAAGCAGCUGGCUUUGCCGGUGAGCUGUGCUGGCUUGUCGGCGGCUUCAAUCGGCUCGCUCGCUCCAAGCAGGCGCAAGAGUUCAUCGACACUGGCGCACGCAACACGCCCUCCGAAAGCGACAGUUCGAGCAGUGUCGACUCGAACCGGACAGAGAAGCAGGCUGGCGUUCAAAGUCGCAAGCCGCCUAGCCUUUCCCUCAACGGCGUUCUUGGAACCCCCUCUUUCGACAGUCCGUCUGCAUCAUCCGAUGAAGAGCGCAAGUCGCUUGUACAGCCGAGAGGACUGCCAAUGGAGGCUUUCCAAACGCAAAGCACUGUCGCAGGCUGGCCCGGUUCAUCCACGUCGCCAGUCAAAGAUACAAAGCAAGGCGCCGCCGAUGGCUUCAAAUUCAACUUGGCAAGCCGUCAGCAGGACUCGAAUGGUGGCAAGAACGGCAACAACGGCCCUCAGCGAUCUAGCAAUGCUUGUGCCAAUCCGUUCUUUGACAACAUUCGUCAGAACCGCGAACUGCAGCACGGCAUCACCGAGAAGAUCCCAAUGGAGUUGCCCAGUAUGAGCGAGUCGCAAGUCGUUCAGUUGCCUCCCUUCCUGCAGAAGCUGGCACACAUGUCGGAAGCCGAUCGCGCCCAUACUCUUGCUCAGGCCUUUUUCGAUGUCGAGAAGGCCGAGCAGAACCGACUGAUCGCCACCAUGCAACAGCAUUCGGCAGAAUCGGAUCACGACCCUCGCUCCAAGGACCUCGCCAGCGCACAGGCUGCGGCACUGCUCAAGCAAUCAUCGUCCGUUUCGGGCGCUCAUCUCGAUCCCAACUCUCAGGCUUUCCCCUUCAGCAUUGCUGCUGCGCUCGAACGCGGUGCCGACAACCGCUACAACAAUAUCUGGACCUACGAGCACAGCCGUGUGCGCCUCGCCAAGCCGCAGUCGGCUCACGACGCCGGUUCCGAUUACCUCAACGGCUCCUUUGUCGAACCGCCCCGCCGAUUUGGCAGCAAGCGCCGCUACAUUGCAACCCAAGCGCCGCUGCCAAGCACCUUUGAUGCCUUCUGGACCGCUGUGUGGGAGCAGAACAGCCGCGUCAUUGUCAUGCUCACCCGUGAACACGAGAGCGGGCGUUUGCAGAGUCAUCCGUACUGGCUCAACACUGCCUAUGGUGAUUCGAUGCGACUCAACAAGCUCGAAGAGGUCGUCCUGGACGAGGCUGGACAGACGAUGCGUCCCGAAGAGUGCAACGGUGUGCUCAACAACGACAAGCAGCAAGACGGAGGAGCCCUGUUCCCGACCAUGCCAUCGCAGACCGCCUCGCAGCAACCCUCUAGCCAGAAUGACAAGCGCGAGCCUACCACUGUGCGCAGGACCUUCCUGCUCAAGAACCUGUCGGACCCACAGGCGGCACCUCGCAGGAUCGUGCAGUUGCAGUACAUUGCAUGGCCCGACUACCACAUUCCUGAGACGCCCGAGUCGCUGCUGACGCUCAUGGAUCUCGCCGAUUCUGCGCAGAACGCCGCUGACUCUGAAGUCAGCAGGUCGAGAGGCAGGGGCAGAGCCACGUCGGCUGGUCCGAUGGUUGUGCAUUGCUCGGCAGGGGUCGGCCGAACGGGUGCCUUCAUUGUGAUUGACGCUGCCCUUGAUGUGCUUCGUCGAGUCCGACGCAGGCAGAAGACGAACGGCAGCGCCUCAGAGCCUGCGCCAUGGGACAACAAUCUCGCUGCGGCCGUUCGCUCGUCGAUGGCGGACGGAACUCCCGAGGUGGAGAUGGCUCCCUCUUCGCCCCUCGGUGACCGCUUCCCGCGCACACCCAGACGCAGCCUGAAGCGCGAAUUGUCCCCCACUGGCAUGGACAUCGACUCUGGAAGCAACCACGGUGGCAGCAGCAGCUCGGCGCGCGACCUGAGUUCGCCUCCGCCCAUGUUUCGCACUCGAUCCAAUGAAAGCGGCGAUGAGUCGGCGGGCAACCUCAGCAGCAGCUUGAGCAGCACAGGCAGCUAUAGCAACCGCAUCGCAAGGGCUGACAACGGCGCGAACGUGAGGAGCGAGGCAGGAGAUACACCGAUGCGCUCCACUCAAUCGAUGCAGGCCUCUGCGCCUGGCGGCGACAAGAGCAGCUUCUCGAACCCGUUCACCUCGCCGACGUUCCGCUUCAACCCGCUUGCCACCGCCAGAGUGCGAAACGCGAGCAGUGCGAUGCAGAACGCCUCCAGCCACGAUUCGGCCAUCACCUCGCCUCGACAACAGCCGCAGCAAGAUGGAGGAUCGGGCAGCAGCGUCUACGAUACGAAUCUCACGCUGUCGCCUCCGCGACCUGGUGCGAUGCAGCUGUCAUCGCAAGACGCCUGGCGUCAAGCCUCGUCGCCGUUCUCGGAGGUGUCCACGCCGUCGUUCCACGGCGGUGGAUCAGCCAGGUCGUCCUUCUCGUCGGCGGCGGGCGUGCACUCUCGUCUGUCCAGCUCCAAUGGUCUUUCGCCGAGCGGCUCGGACUCAGGUGCGCAGUCGAUCGACGAAGCUCUCAUGUCGGCUAUGAAUCCGUUCGACCUCAGCAUCGCUCAGCAGAGCCAGGGUCAGAGCUCGGUUGCCGACGACAGCAAGAUGAGUGAAGCCACCACUGCUGCCACUGGCGAUGCAUCCACCUCGACCAUUACGGGCAGCAACGAGCCCACGCCCUUCGACGCCUCUGCGACCUCGAGCAUCUUUGGAUUCGAUCGUCAUCACAAACCUCUUGCGACCAGCCGAGGCGAGAGCAUGUCGGCGUCCAACUCGGCCGGCUCGACGAGCUCGUUCGAUGUGCACACUGCCGGUACGCCCAAUACCUCGGCCCAUUCGACACCUGCCAACCACGAGGAGGCGCAGGUGCUGGAGGCAAGGGACUAUACAAGGCUGGAGUCGAACAGUCAGGCGGCCGACGAGGCGUACGUUCAGGGGGAAGAUCUCAUCAAGACCAUCGUCGAGGGCGUACGCGAGCAGAGGAUGUCGUUGAUCCAGACGGGUAGGCAGUUUGUUUUCGUCUACUCGGCGGUCCUAGCUGGCCUGCUGAGGGAUUUGCGCUCCGAAGGGGUCGUUUAG